AAAUCUUGAUUUAAAAGUUGUCAUUGAUGGAGAAUCCACCACAACCCUUGGUACAUUGUUCCAAUGGAUAAUCACUGUCACAGAUUUAUGCCUAUUUCCAGCCUGAAAACUGGGCUUGUCCAGGAUUUGAACACAGGACUGCUUAUAUCCUAAGUGAGAAUCCGACCUCUAGACCAACAAGCCAUCCAAAGCUUGGGUGAUCCUUGGAUGUAUAAGUAGAGAAGUAGUACUCAGGCGUAGGGAGGUGAUUUCACCUCUAUAACUGGCGUUGGUGAUACUGAUUCAGGAAUCCAGUUCUGGUAUCCACAUUUUUAAAAGGAUGUUGAAUAAAUGGAGUGGGUAUAAAAAAAAAAAGAGCCACAAAAAAGGAUUUAAGGGCUGGAGAAGAUACCUUACAGUGAGACACUGAAGAAGCUCAGUCUGUUUAGCUUAUCAAAAAAAAAAGAUGGAUAGGUGACCAGUUUACAGUGUAUAAGUACCUACAUGGGAAGAAAAUACAAGGUAUUAAAGGGCUGUCAAUCUAGCGGAGAAAGGUAUAACAAGACCAAUGGCUGGAAGCUGAAGCUCAAUUAAUUCAAAUUAGAAAUAAAAAUUUGUGUCUUGACCGUGAAGGUGAUUUACUAUUGGAACAAACUACCAACUACAUCUCUUGAUGUCUUCAGAACAAAACUGGAUGCUUUUCUAGAAGACACGCUUUAGCCAAACAGGGCUUAGAAUGGGGGUAACUGGGUGAAAUUUAAUAGCUUGUGAUACACAGGAGAUCAGACUAGAUGAUGUAAUGGUUCUGUUUUACCUUCCUCCUGAGGGUUGGCAGAGGUCAGAGAAGGUAAUGCUGGAGGCACUGCCUCAAAUGAGGGGCCUGCAUCUGCAAAAUAUGCUGCAGUGUUCCUAGAAGGGACUGAGAUAGGCCAUAUAUGAGACUGCAUCUGGGAUGCUGUUUAUUGUCCUGGCACCUCACACUAGUAAGAAUGAAAAACCCCAGAGCUUUGGAAGGGAGAUAAAUUCUCUUGUUUUGGGGCAUAAGUGAAGUUCCAAAUUAUAGGAUUAGCAUGAAACUUUUCCUUUGGGCAGGUUAUUCCAUAGCUGUAUUGCUUGCACUUUCCUCUGAAGCAUCUUAUCUUGGCUACUGCUGGAGACAGGAGGGUGGAGUAGAUGGUCUACAGGUCUAAUCUGAUAUGGCAACGCCCAUGUUCCUAGAGAGACACCAGGAAACUGGAAGGAAUUUCUAGAAGGGCCACUGCAAUGAUUAACCAGAUGAGAGGGACUGACCUACAGGAAAGAUUUUAAAGAAUGAAAUAUGUUUCAUUUGUUUAAAUGAGUGGGACAAAAGGAAAAGAGAAGUAACUGUCUCAAAAAAACGGAAGGCUGUAACCAUCAAGAAGUGAUAAAAAAGGAGUAUAACUAGAAGAAAGAAGAGAGUUAAAUUUUAGGCAGAGUAUCAAGAAGAAUGCCCUCUUAAUGUUGGUUAGAUUGUGGGUUGUCUCUUGAGAAGACUGAGGGAUGGCAACUGGACACACCACCUGAGACUAUAAUGUAAGGAAGGAACAGUCUUCUGCAAGGACAAGGUAGAAGCUGCAGUCACAGCUGCCAGAGAUGCCUUUCUAGGCUGGUCCUCCAAAAGCCCUCAGGAAAGAUCUCAGAUAAUGAACAAGUUAGCAGACCUGAUCGAGCAUGACCUGGAGGCAUUUGCACAAGCAGAAUCAAAAGAUCAAGGAAAAACAAUUACAUUUGCUAGAACAGUGGACAUCCCACGGGCAGCAUACAAUUUCCGGUUCUUUGCAUCUUCUAUCCUUCACCAUACCACAGAAUGCACUCAGAUGGACCACAUGGACUGUAUGCAUUACACAGUGAGAACUCCAGUAGGCAUUGCUGGUUUAAUAAGUCCUUGGAAUUUGCCACUUUACUUGCUGACCUGGAAAAUAGCCCCAGCCAUUGCAUCUGGAAACACUGUCAUCGCCAAGCCCAGUGAGAUGACAUCUGUCACUGCUUGGAUGAUGUGCAAACUUCUGGGUAAAGCAGGAAUCCCUCCAGGGGUGGUGAACACUGUGUUUGGAACUGGCCCCAAAGCUGGGGAGGCUAUUGUCUCCCAUCCUGAUGUGCCACUGAUCUCCUUCACUGGAAGCACGCUCACGGCCCAGCACAUCAGGGAGAGGAGUGCCCCACACUGCAAAAAGCUCUCUCUGGAACUGGGAGGCAAGAACCCUGCAAUCAUCUUUGAGGAUGCUAAUCUGGACCAGUGCAUCCCUACCACUGUGAGAUCCAGCUUUGCAAAUCAGGGUGAAAUCUGUCUUUGCACCAGCAGGAUCUUUGUUCAGAGGAGCAUUUAUAAUGAGUUUUUGAAGAGGUUUGUAGAAGAAGCCAGAAAGUGGAAGGUUGGGAGUCCCUCAGAUCCCACAGCCAGUAUCGGGGCACUGAUAAGUAAAGAGCAUUUAGAAAAGGUAAAGAAUUAUGUGAAGAAGGCUCGAGCUGAAGGAGCUAGAAUUCUCUGUGGAGAAGGAGUGGAUUCUUUGGCUCUUCCAACUGGAAAUCAGAAUGGCUAUUUCAUGCUGCCUACAGUCAUUGCUGAAGUCAAGGAUGAAUCCUGCUGCAUGCAAGAAGAGAUCUUUGGUCCCGUGACAUGUGUGGUACCGUUUGAUACGGAAGAGGAAGUGAUUAAAAGAGCCAAUGGUGUCAAGUAUGGCCUGGCAGCCACGAUAUGGUCAAGCAAUGUGGGGCGUGUUCAUCGUGUGGCGAAGAGACUGCAAGCUGGCCUGGUGUGGACCAACUGCUGGCUAGUCAGGGAACUGAACUUGCCAUUUGGUGGAAUGAAAGCAUCAGGGAUAGGCAGGGAGGGAGCAAAGGAGUCUUACGAGUUUUUCACUGAGGUCAAAACCAUUACAAUAAAACACUGAAAUUUGUCCAUUAAGUAUUUUAUGGCAAAAUAAACAACCGACAUUUGUGCUUACAAGCGUCUCUGAGAUAUGCCAAGACAUCAUGGCCUGCUUAUAGUUAAUUUUUAUAGAAAUCCAUUAGUUUAUAAAUACCAGCUAAAGCUAAAGAUGCACAACUGGCAGCAGAGAAAGUAGAUUCUGUAUCAUAUCCAAGCCACAAACCUGAUUCGCAGGGCUCAAGGAGAUCCUGAGGAUUCCAAAGUUAAUUCACCAUUUCUUUCUCAAGCUGUUCCAAUAAAAGGUAUUACCUCACA